AUGGCUUCUCCACCAAAAACCAGACUCACCUUCACUCACAUCACGACGGCCACUGCAAUCCUGAACAUCGAUGGGAUCAAUUUCCUCACUGAUCCCUACUUCGGCGAUGCCGGCAGUUUCUCGAGUGAACUUGACUGGUCUCGCGCACGCCUUGAAGAAGAUUUCGGGCUGGAUGAGAUCCCCCCGCCCGCACAGCUCUCGCUUUCCAAGCCUCCUAAACUGUUCCAGACGAAGGCUUCGGUUCAGUUCGCCUAA